AUGUCGUCUGUUAUAGCAGUAUUUGUUUCAUGCAGUUUUAUUUACUACAGUUCUGACCGUCGCCAGGACAGUGCCAUAAUUCGAGUCAUCGGUGGGGAAAAAGCUGCAGACGUGUGGGUUCCACGGUUUGUUUUCAAUCACAAAACAAUCUGCGCCGGCGUCACCUUAACUGCAGAAGCGGACCUCACGAGUGCGACGUGCCUCGACGAUGAUGAGCCACUUGAGGCAUUUGUGGUGGUGGAGAGCCACGGGCAGAAUGAGCCGCCGGUCCAGGUGGCUCACAUCGACCGGUGCGUCAAGUUCGACAAGGAGCAGCAGCAUGUGCACGACCUCAUGGUCUGCUUCCACCACUGUCAGUGGAACUUCAGCCGAGACGUCUUUGUGCCCAGUGCGAACCUCGAGAAUGACGGGAUGGCCAGUGAAUUUGACGAACAGUGCAGUGUGAUGGGAUUUGGUCACGUGACUCCUGAGGGUGACAAGUGCAAUAUUCUGCAUACGAUGGAGAUUCAGAUGGGGACACUACAAGAUUGUGGCUCCCACGAUGACAGCGUUCAGAACUACGUCUGUGGUGCAACUGCAGAGCAGCAGGUGAGGUUACGGCAACAACUCGACAGCAUGUUUCCACCAGAAGUAGAUAUUAAUUUCAUUUCAUUUUCACUUAUCACUUAA